AACAACUCCUUCACAAAGCGGGGCAGACACUCAAUCUACUCACAAAAAGGGAAGAGGCUGCACUCGGAUGAAAAAAUUGCAACUUAAGAAUGUAGAUGGUCAAAAAUAAUAAAUUGAUUUCAAUACAUUUGGGCAACCUUUAGGGAAUAAUGCAAAAGAUUUCAAGAAUCAUGUGGCUUCUCUUGCUCGAGAGAAAGUUAGCAUUCUAAUUGAUGAUUGGGAUAACGUUCAUGAUGAAACGAAGAAACGAUAUUUGGACAGGAAUUACGCAAGUAUGGGAUGUUCCUACUAGUGAUAUUGUGAAAAAGAAAACAUUUUCAUACGCGGGUGAACGUUGGAGGGCAUUUAAAACCACCUUAGCGAGUAGGUAUUUAAAUGGUGGAAAACUGAGUGACACAUCUCCUACUGAGAAAUAUCCUUUUAUUGAUGAGGAAACAUGGCAGGUGUUUGUUAAAAAGAGAGAGGAACCUUCCUUUCUGGAAAAAAGAAAAAAUGCACAGAAGAUUCAGGCAUUUUAUAAAUAUCCCCACAGAUUGUCUCAAGGGGGUAUUUGUUACUUGAGAAAAAGAUGAUGCAAGAAAAAUUAAAAGAAAGACAAGAAAUAGCUGGAGAGUCAGAAGUAACACCUCCAUCUCCACCCAAACGUCAUGAGAAGUGGAAAAGAGCCCGACUAAAACCUUCAGGAGAGUAUACAUCAGAAGGCACACGUUUAGUUGCUGAAAAAAUUGAUGCUUUGGUAGCAGAAGGAAAAUUUUCCUCACAAGGACGUAAUGAUAUUUUAGCAAAAGUCAUUGGACCUGAGCACCCUGGUCGUGUUCGUGCUGUUGGUCAAGGUGUGAGGAUUCGAAAAUUCUUUGGAUCAUGUUGUCGUUAUGACUCCACCCCACAUAUUAUCAAUAACGACCAACUAGAAACCUUGAAAAUAGAUCUUACAAAGGUUAUUAAAGCACAAGUGAUACAAGAGCUAUCAUCUUUGCCCUUUUCUCAACAAUGUCAAAAUUUUCCAAAUUCCUCUCCUAAUCCCACUCUAUAUUCGAGUACAAAGGGUAGCUCUGUUAUGCCUCAUACACCACAUGAUGAAGUAGAUAUUCUUGAAAAGUGUGAAUUGUAUAUUGAUGGAAACACUAAUGUAGUAGCAUAUGCUAAUGUGUAUAAUUUAGGGUCCAUUAUACAUAAUCAGGUGCUAAAUAAUGAUAUGCUAAGAGUGGCGGUUACUAAAGUGUUAGAUGCGAAUGCUCUUUUACCUGUUCCCACUCAGGAGGUGACAACUCUUAGUGAGGCCAUCAACACUUUCAUCCAAUAGCCGAAAAGACUU